GGUGGUGGUGGAGGUGGCUCGGCGGCGGCCGUGAUGGGGGAGCUGCGGGCGUCGGGCUCCGGGUCCGUGGUGCUUCCCGCCGGCAUGAUCAACCCAUCCGUGCCCAUCCGCAACAUCCGCAUGAAAUUCGCCGUCUUGAUCGGACUCAUCCAAGUCGGUGAGGUCAGCAACCGGGACAUCGUGGAGACCGUGCUGAACCUGCUGGUUGGUGGAGAAUUCGAUCUAGAGAUGAACUUUAUAAUCCAAGAUGCAGAAAGUAUAACAUGCAUGUCAGAACUUUUAGAACACUGUGAUGUAACAUGUCAAGCAGAAAUUUGGAGUAUGUUCACCGCCAUCCUCCGUAAAAGUGUCCGCAAUUUACAGACCAGCACAGAAGUUGGUUUAAUUGAGCAAGUGCUACUGAAGAUGAGUACUGUGGAUGAUAUGAUCGCAGAUCUUCUCGUAGACAUGUUGGGGGUACUUGCCAGCUACAGCAUCACUGUCAAGGAGUUGAAACUUUUGUUCAGCAUGCUUCGUGGUGAAAAUGGAAUAUGGCCUAGACAUGCAGUCAAGCUCUUGUCAGUCCUUAAUCAGAUGCCACAGAGACAUGGUCCUGACACUUUUUUCAACUUCCCAGGCUGCAGUGCUGCAGCAAUUGCAUUGCCUCCUAUUGCCAAGUGGCCUUAUCAAAAUGGGUUUACGCUUAACACUUGGUUUCGCAUGGAUCCAUUGAACAAUAUUAAUGUAGAUAAGGAUAAACCGUAUCUCUAUUGUUUUCGCACUAGCAAAGGCGUUGGGUAUUCUGCUCAUUUUGUUGGCAACUGCUUAAUAGUCACAUCAUUGAAGUCAAAAGGCAAAGGUUUUCAACACUGUGUGAAGUAUGAUUUUCAGCCACGAAAGUGGUACAUGAUUAGCAUUGUACACAUCUACAAUCGCUGGAGAAACAGUGAAAUUCGCUGUUAUGUUAAUGGUCAGCUUGUAUCCUAUGGUGACAUGGCUUGGCAUGUGAACACAAAUGAUAGCUAUGAUAAAUGUUUUCUGGGAUCAUCUGAAACUGCUGAUGCAAAUAGAGUGUUUUGUGGUCAACUUGGAGCAGUCUAUGUAUUCACCGAAGCUCUCAACCCAGCACAAAUAUUUGCAAUACAUCAGUUAGGACCAGGAUAUAAGAGUACUUUCAAAUUUAAAUCUGAGAGUGAUAUCCAUCUUGCUGAGCACCACAAGCAGGUUCUGUAUGAUGGAAAACUUGCAAGCAGUAUUGCCUUCACUUACAACGCUAAGGCUACUGAUGCUCAGUUAUGCCUUGAAUCCUCACCAAAGGAAAAUCCUUCCAUUUUUGUACACUCCCCACAUGCUCUUAUGCUUCAGGAUGUGAAAGCAAUUGUGACGCAUUCGAUCCACAGUGCAAUUCAUUCAAUAGGAGGAAUCCAAGUUCUUUUCCCUCUCUUUGCUCAGUUAGACAAUCGGCAGUUACAUGAUAGUCAAGUGGAAACAACAGUCUGUGCUACCCUCUUGGCUUUCUUGGUGGAACUUCUUAAGAGUUCAGUUGCCAUGCAAGAACAAAUGCUGGGUGGAAAAGGAUUCCUAGUUAUUGGCUAUCUCCUUGAAAAGUCAUCCAGAGUUCAUAUAACAAGAGCUGUACUGGAACAGUUUUUAUCUUUUGCAAAAUAUUUGGAUGGCCUCUCACAUGGAGCACCUUUAUUAAAGCAAUUAUGUGAUCAUAUCCUUUUCAACCCUGCUAUUUGGAUACAUACUCCCGCAAAGGUUCAGCUCUCGCUGUAUACAUACUUGUCUGCUGAAUUCAUUGGCACUGCUACAAUCUACACUACGAUACGUAGAGUAGGAACAGUAUUACAGUUAAUGCACACACUGAAAUACUACUACUGGGUGGUUAAUCCUGCGGAUAGCAGUGGCAUUACUCCUAAAGGUUUGGAAGGUCCUCGGCCAUCACAGAAGGAAAUCAUAUCACUGCGUGCAUUCAUGCUUUUAUUUUUGAAACAGCUGAUUUUGAAGGAUCGAGGUGUCAAAGAAGAUGAACUACAAAGUAUAUUAAAUUAUUUGCUAACAAUGCACGAGGAUGAAAACAUACAUGAUGUGCUUCAGCUGCUAGUGGCAUUAAUGUCUGAACAUCCGGCAUCCAUGAUACCUGCCUUUGAUCAACGAAAUGGGAUACGAGUGAUUUAUAAAUUAUUGGCCUCGAAAAGCGAGAGCAUCUGGGUGCAGGCACUGAAGGUGCUAGGAUAUUUUCUCAAACACCUGGGUCAUAAGCGAAAAGUUGAAAUCAUGCAUACUCACAGUCUGUUCACACUUCUUGGAGAGAGAUUGAUGUUGCAUACGAAUACUGUGACCAUUACAACUUACAACACUCUUUAUGAGAUUUUGACAGAACAAGUGUGUACACAAGUCGUUCAUAAACCACACCCGGAGCCUGACUCUACAGUGAAAAUUCAGAAUCCAAUGAUUCUCAAGGUUGUGGCAACUUUAUUAAAGAAUUCAACUCCAAGUGCAGAACUAAUGGAAGUUCGCCGUUUGUUUUUAUCAGAUAUGAUAAAACUUUUCAGUAACAGCCGUGAAAAUAGGAGAUGUUUACUUCAGUGUUCAGUGUGGCAGGACUGGAUGUUUUCUCUGGGAUAUAUCAAUCCAAAGAACUCUGAAGAACAGAAAAUUACUGAGAUGGUGUACAACAUCUUCCGCAUUCUUUUGUACCAUGCAAUAAAGUAUGAGUGGGGAGGAUGGAGGGUCUGGGUUGAUACUCUUUCCAUAGCCCAUUCCAAGGUCACCUAUGAAGCUCACAAAGAGUACCUAGCAAAAAUGUACGAGGAAUAUCAAAGACAAGAAGAGGAGAAUAUAAAGAAGGGGAAAAAGGGGAAUGUUAGCACUAUCUCAGGCCUUUCAUCUCAGACAACAGGAGCAAAAGGUGGAAUAGAAAUUCGUGAAAUUGAAGAUCUCUCACAAAGCCAAAGCCCAGAAAGUGAAACGGACUACCCUGUUGGUACAGAUACUAGGGAUUUACUUAUUGCAACAAAAGUAUCUGAUGAUGUGCUUGGAAGCUCAGAUAGACCAGGGGGUGGUGUGCAUGUAGAAGUUCAUGAUCUAUUAGUUGAUAUAAAAGCAGAAAAGGUAGAAGCCACAGAAGUAAAGCUGGACGAUAUGGAUUUAUCACCAGAGACUUUGGUAACGAGAGAGAAUGGUGCCCUUGUGGAAGUAGAAUCCUUAUUGGACAAUGUAUAUAGUGCUGCAGUUGAAAAACUUCAGAACAAUGUUCACGGAAGUGUAGGCAUAAUUAAGAAAAGUGAAGAGAAGGACAAUGGUCCCUUGAUAACACUAGCUGAUGAGAAAGAUGAACCUUCUAACAAUACCUCAUUUCUUUUUGAUAAAAUACCCAGCCAAGAGGAGAAAUUGCUCCCUGAACUGUCCAGCAAUCACAUUACUAUUGCAAAUAUGCAAGAGACUCAGAUGCACCUUGGUGUGAAUGAUGACCUUGGACUCCUCGCUCACAUGACUGGUAGUGCUGACAUAGCAUGUAGCUCAAGCAUAAUAGAAGACAAAGAUUUCAAGAUUCAUACCUCUGUGGAUGCAAUGGGCACAAUUUCUGAGAGAGACCUGGCUUCAUCAUCCAAAGGAUUAGAAUAUGCAGAAAUGGUUGCUACAACUCUUGAGACUGAGUCUUCUAGUGGUAAAACUGUACCAAAUGUAGAUGCAGGGAGUAUUAUAUCAGAUACGGAAAGAUCUGAUGAUGGGAAAGAAGUGGGGAAGGAAAUAAGAAAAAUCCAAACCACCACUACAACCCAAGCUGUGCAAGGUCGAUCUAUUACACAACAGGAUAGAGACUUGCGUGUUGAUUUGGGAUUUCGGGGAAUGCCCAUGACAGAAGAACAGAGGCGGCAGUUCAGUCCUGGUCCACGAACAACAAUGUUUCGUAUUCCAGAAUUUAAAUGGUCCCCAAUGCACCAGAGACUACUUACUGAUUUGCUUUUUGCUUUAGAAACUGAUGUGCAUGUUUGGAGAAGCCAUUCCACAAAGUCUGUCAUGGAUUUUGUCAAUAGCAAUGAAAAUAUUAUUUUUGUACAUAACACUAUCCACCUCAUUUCCCAAAUGGUAGACAAUAUUAUCAUUGCUUGUGGAGGAAUUCUACCAUUGUUGUCUGCAGCAACAUCCCCAACUGGUUCUAAGACUGAAUUGGAGAACAUUGAAGUAACUCAGGGUAUGUCAGCAGAGACAGCAGUGACCUUCCUCAGCCGCCUGAUGGCUAUGGUUGAUGUACUAGUAUUUGCCAGCUCGCUAAAUUUUAGCGAAAUUGAAGCUGAAAAAAACAUGUCUUCUGGAGGCUUAAUGCGACAGUGCCUAAGGCUUGUUUGCUGUGUUGCUGUGCGAAACUGUUUGGAAUGCCGACAGAGACAGAGAGAAAGAGUAAAUAAAUCUUCACUAAUCAGCAGUAAAACUCAGGAGAAUCUUCAGGGUAUAAGUGCAACUACUACCGCUAAGACUCCACUGGAAAAUGUUCCUGGUAACCUAUCACCUAUUAAAGAUCCCGAUAGACUUCUUCAAGAUGUAGAUAUUAAUCGUCUGCGAGCAGUUGUAUUUCGUGAUGUGGAUGAUAGCAAACAGGCUCAGUUUUUAGCUUUGGCUGUUGUUUACUUCAUUUCUGUGUUGAUGGUCUCCAAGUAUCGGGACAUACUCGAACCUCAACGAGAAACUGCAAGGUCUGGAAUCCAGGCAGGUAGAAAUAUCAGGCAGGAAAUAAAUUCACCAACAAGUACAGUUGUGGUCAUACCAUCUAUCCCACACCCAAGUUUGAACCAUGGAUUCCUUGCCAAGUUAAUUCCUGAGCAGAGCUUUACUCACUCAUUUUACAAAGAGACUCCUGCUGUAUUUCCAGAUAACAUAAAAGAAAAAGAAACUCCGACGCCCAUUGAAGAUAUUCAGCUGGAAAGCUCCAUUCCUCAUACUGAUUCUGGAAUUGGAGAGGAGCAAAUGCCCAGUAUCUUGAAUGGGACAGACUUAGAAACAAGCACAGGUCCUGAUGCUAUGAGUGAACUAUUGUCUACUUUGUCUUCUGAGGUGAAGAAAUCUCAGGAAAGUUUAACAGAAAGCCCCAGUGAAAUUCUGAAACCUGCAUCCUCAAUAUCAAGUAUCAGCCAAAGCAAGGGCAUCAAUGUCAAGGAAAUAUUAAAAAGUCUGGUGGCAGCCCCUGUUGAAAUUGCAGAAUGUGGGCCUGAUCCUAUUCCGUACCCCGAUCCUGCACUAAAGAGAGAAGCUCAGCCUAUUCUCCCAAUGCAGUAUCACUCCUUUGACAGGAGUGUUGUAGUGCCAGUGAAAAAACCUCCUCCUGGAAGCCUAGCUGUGACCACAGUUGGAACUGCCACAGCUGGAGGUGGACUCCCACCCAGUAGUACACCUAAUAUAUUUGCUGCUACAGGAGCUACACCAAAAAGUAUGAUUAAUACAACAGGUGCAGUGGAUUCAGGAUCGUCAUCGUCAUCGUCGUCCUCUAGUUUUGUGAAUGGUGCUACCAGUAAGAACCUACCUGCUGUUCAGACAGUUGCACCAAUGCCAGAGGAUUCAGCUGAAAACAUGAGGGUUUCACAAAUGCACCAAAAACUAUCCAGUUGUGAUGAGCUCCUAUAUUCAAGCAUCACUGCAAAGCUUGAGAGAGCUUUGGAAAAAGUGGCCCCACUCCUACGGGAAAUCUUUGUGGAUUUUGCCCCUUUCCUGUCUCGUACUCUGCUGGGCAGUCACGGACAAGAGCUCCUAAUAGAAGGCCUCGUUUGCAUGAAGUCUAGCACCUCAGUGGUCGAGCUUGUUAUGCUUCUUUGUUCACAGGAAUGGCAGAAUUCUAUACAGAAGAAUGCAGGACUUGCUUUUAUUGAGCUCAUCAAUGAAGGAAGACUAUUGUGUCAUGCAAUGAAGGACCAUAUUGUACGUGUUGCAAAUGAGGCGGAGUUUAUCUUGAACAGGCAGAGAGCUGAAGAUGUACACAAACAUGCAGAAUUUGAGUCACAGUGUGCCCAAUAUGCUGCUGACAGAAGGGAGGAGGAGAAGAUGUGUGACCAUCUUAUCAGUGCUGCCAAGCAUCGAGAUCAUGUUACUGCGAAUCAACUGAAACAGAAAAUACUGAAUAUCCUAACAAAUAAGCAUGGUGCUUGGGGAGCUGUCUCACAUAGCCAACUGCAUGAUUUCUGGCGCUUAGAUUAUUGGGAAGAUGAUCUGCGUCGACGGAGGCGGUUUGUUCGCAACGCCUUUGGCUCCACCCAUUCUGAUGCGUUGCUCAAAGCUGCUGUGGAAUAUGGCACUGAGGAAGAUGUAGUGAAGUCAAAGAAAACCUUCCGAAGCCAAGCUGUUGUCAAUCAGAAUGCUGAAACUGAGCUCAUGCUGGAAGGAGAUGAUGAUGCUGUCAGCUUGCUCCAAGAGAAGGAGAUUGACAAUCUUGCAGCUCCUAAAUUUCUUCCCAGACUGUUCAUUUCAAGAGGCCCCGUGGUCCUCAGCACGCCGGCCCAGCUCAUUGCGCCGGUGGUGGUGGCCAAGGGCACCCUCUCCAUCACCACCACUGAGAUCUACUUCGAGGUAGACGAGGAGGACCCGGCCUUCAAGAAGAUCGACCCUAAAGUUCUUGCUUAUACAGAAGGCCUUCAUGGAAAAUGGAUGUUCAGCGAAAUUCGAGCUGUUUUCUCAAGACGUUAUCUUCUUCAGAAUACAGCCUUGGAGGUGUUCAUGGCAAACAGAACUUCCGUAAUGUUCAAUUUUCCUGACCAAGCAACAGUCAAAAAAGUUGUGUACAGCUUACCUCGUGUUGGAGUAGGAACCAGCUAUGGCUUGCCACAAGCUAGACGAAUUUCUCUGGCCACUCCCCGUCAACUGUAUAAAUCUUCCAAUAUGACUCAGCGUUGGCAACGAAGGGAGAUUUCAAACUUUGAGUAUUUGAUGUUUCUCAAUACUAUAGCAGGACGUACAUAUAAUGAUCUAAACCAAUACCCUGUAUUUCCAUGGGUAUUAACAAAUUAUGAAUCAGAGGAGUUGGAUCUAACCUUGCCAGGAAACUUCAGAGAUCUUUCAAAGCCCAUCGGUGCUUUGAAUCCAAAGAGAGCAGUCUUUUAUGCAGAGCGCUAUGAGACAUGGGAAGAUGACCAGACUCCACCUUAUCAUUAUAACACUCAUUAUUCAACAUCUACUUGUACCUUAUGCUGGCUUGUUCGCAUUGAACCCUUUACAACAUUCUUCCUCAAUGCAAAUGAUGGAAAAUUUGAUCACCCAGAUCGAACCUUUUCUUCAGUGGCAAGAUCUUGGAGAACUAGCCAAAGAGACACUUCAGAUGUGAAGGAGUUAAUUCCAGAGUUCUACUACCUACCAGAAAUGUUUGUCAACAGUAACGGAUAUAACCUUGGAGUGAGAGAAGAUGAAGUUGUUGUGAAUGAUGUUGAGCUUCCCCCUUGGGCAAAGAAGCCCGAAGACUUUGUGCGCAUCAAUAGAAUGGCUUUGGAAAGUGAAUUUGUAUCCUGUCAGCUUCACCAGUGGAUUGAUCUUAUAUUUGGCUACAAGCAACGAGGACCAGAAGCAGUACGAGCACUUAAUGUUUUCCACUACCUGACAUAUGAAGGUUCUGUAAACCUUGACAGUAUCACUGAUCCUGUGCUCAGGGAGAUUCCAGAAGCUUAUUUUAUUAGAGAUCCUCAUACUUUCCUCCUUACAAAGGACUUUAUUAAGGCCAUGGAGGCACAGAUACAGAACUUUGGACAGACGCCAUCUCAGUUGCUUAUUGAGCCACAUCCGCCUCGGAGCUCUGCCAUGCACCUGUGUUUCCUUCCACAGAGUCCACUUAUGUUUAAAGAUCAGAUGCAGCAGGAUGUUAUAAUGGUUCUCAAAUUUCCAUCAAAUUCUCCUGUCACACAUGUGGCAGCCAACACGCUUCCGCAUCUUACUAUUCCUGCCGUGGUAACUGUGACUUGCAGCCGACUUUUUGCAGUGAAUAGAUGGCACAACACAGUAGGCCUCAGGGGAGCCCCAGGAUAUUCUUUGGAUCAAGCUCAUCAUCUUCCCAUUGAAAUGGACCCAUUGAUUGCUAAUAAUUCUGGUGUGAACAAACGGCAGAUCACAGAUCUUGUGGAUCAAAGCAUUCAGAUCAAUGCUCAUUGUUUUGUGGUCACAGCUGAUAAUCGCUACAUUCUUAUCUGUGGUUUCUGGGACAAGAGCUUUCGAGUUUAUUCCACAGAAACAGGCAAGCUAACUCAGAUUGUGUUUGGCCACUGGGAUGUAGUCACUUGCCUUGCAAGAUCAGAAUCUUAUAUCGGUGGAGACUGCUACAUAGUCUCUGGCUCUCGUGAUGCUACAUUACUGCUGUGGUACUGGAGUGGCCGACAUCAUAUCAUUGGUGACAACCCAAAUAGCAGUGAUUAUCCUGCUCCCAGAGCCGUUCUGACUGGUCACGAUCACGAAGUUGUCUGCGUAUCAGUGUGUGCCGAACUGGGACUUGUCAUAAGUGGUGCUAAAGAAGGACCUUGCCUGGUGCACACAAUUACUGGAGAUUUGCUGAGAGCACUCGAAGGAACAGAAAACUGCUUGUAUCCUCGCUUAAUUUCAGUAUCUAGUGAAGGCCACUGUAUCAUCUACUAUGAACGAGGCAGGUUCAGCAAUUUUAGCAUUAAUGGAAAACUCUUGGCACAGAUGGAGAUCAACGACUCAACCAGGGCUAUCCUCCUGAGCAGCGAUGGGCAGAACCUGGUUACAGGUGGCGAUAAUGGAGUCGUGGAAGUAUGGCAGGCUUGUGACUUCAAGCAGCUCUACAUUUACCCUGGCUGUGAUGCUGGCAUUAGGGCAAUGGACCUGUCUCAUGAUCAGAGGACUCUAAUUACUGGCAUGGCUUCUGGUAGCAUUGUAGCUUUUAAUAUAGAUUUUAAUCGGUGGCAUUAUGAGCAUCAGAAUAGAUAUUGAACCGGAGUGAAGAACUGAAAGCAAAGGCGAAAUUGAGAGCACAAGUGCUACUGAAAGGCAUAAUCUCUGGUGGAAAAACAAGUCUGCAUCGACCUCCGUUGUACAUUCCAUUACACCCAGCAAUAGCUGUCCAUUGUAGUCAGCAACCAUUUACUUUGUGUGUUUUUUCACAACCGAACACCAGCUGCUGCAGAAAUGAGCUUGUAUCAUGUAAAUUAUAAUGACUUAGGAGAUGUUUUGGUAAUUAUUUCAUAUACAUUUGUUUACUGAGAAAAGCUAGUAGAGAACACGUCACAAGAGACUUUUGAAUAUUCUGAGGAAACUUGUGUCUGGUUGUUACAUUGUUUGGGGCCAUGAACCUAGCAUACAUUUCCCAUUUCCAGCCUCUUUUCAAGCUGAAAAAAAUAAUUAAAAGGAUAAAAAACCUACGUUUGAUACUUUGUACAUCAGAUGCACAUCUUAACUUUAAAGGGAUACUUUUGUAAAAGUAAAACCUUGUAUAAAUAACAAAAAAAUGUUUCUUAACUUUAUUGUGGAGUUACAACUUGCAUGUACUUUAAACCUGAAUGUCUUGAUGAAAUGGCGACAUUCACAGAUUGAAGUGAACUGCCUAAGGGCCCAGCUUGCAUUUAAGGGUUGAAAUGGGGCACAAGCCGCAGUUUUGUCAUUGCCACUGAAAUAUGGUUUGCUCUUUUCAAUCUCACGCCACCCCCCUUCUAAGUGGAGUUUUUGCUUAUGACAUGAAGCGUUUGGAUAUGAAGCCAUUGUUUGCCAUAUUUAUGCGUUGCAAGAGGAAGAGAAAAUCCUUCCUUUAUUAAUUUAGUACCACGAUAGAAAGGCAGGAGCACGGAAGAGAGAUGAGAGGAUGCUCGCGUGCUUAAUACUCCCACCAAAGCAAGAGUGCUAGACUUCUAGAUUCAUCACAUUUGGCAUACUGUACAUUGCAGGGAGAGAGCAAUUAAGAUUUUCUCUUCAUUUCCUUGGAAAUAAAGCUUGGUUAAAAAGGACCUUAGCUUCAUUGGGGUUGUUCUUUUACAUUCUUCUGAAAGUCACGCGUUAAGCCACAUUCUCUGUUGACGGCACUUCAUGUCUGACAAUACUGUAACGAUGAUUAUCAGGAUAAUUUGCCGCACAUUCUACGGAUCAAGUAACACACCCAGGGGUAUAUACACUUUACUUCAUGUUUCUUCUUUGUAUAUUUGGUGACUGUAUUGUCAUAGAUGUACAUAUUGUGUCGGUAGGGCUAUGAGGCAUGUAACAGGAAUGUAAUUUUCUCAGACUUUACACUCACUUGCAGUCAUUUAUUUAAAAAAGAUUAAAACAAGGUAACGGAUUCUUUGUACUGGCACCAGAAACAUAUCAUUAUUUAUUGAUGUGAUUCUUAUUUGUUCUCCACCUUGUAUUAGUAAGUUUUAGCACUAAAUACCUUCUUCAUUGUUGUUUGUAUUUAUAAAAUUCUGAAAUCAUGGGGAAUCAAUGUAAUGAUUAAGUUAUUCAUCAUUGGUCUGUAAGCAAUAUCUUGAGUUUGUAGCUUAGAAUUGGGAGAAUAUUGAACAUCUGGAAGAUAAGUUCAUUUCAUCUCAAGAUCAUGGUGAAAUAUUUUGGAUAUAUAAAUUCCUUAAGCUAUUGUAACCAUGUUUUAUUGCAAAGAUGUAAAAUAUGCCAGAUGUGUGUGAGUUGGAAAUCAAAAAGAAAAAUAAAAUAUGCAAAGAAUUCA